AAGUGAGAUUUGAACCUGGAUCUUCUAAUUCCAACCUUUUCUCUACUAUACCAUGAUGCCAUGUGGUUCUAUGUUUAGCCCCAACUUCCCUAUCUUGCAAUGGGGAAACUGAGACCCAAAGAGGGGGAGUGAUUUGGUCAAGAUUACAUGCAGGCUCGGUAGCAGGCCUGGAACUCAAACGUGACUGAGAGCUGUUUGGAGGGCAGCUGAGGACCCAGACAGGAUGCCUGGUAAAUUGGAGUCAUCGGUUUGUCUGGUUACUUCCCAGCCUCCUCUGUUAUCUUCCUCCGUACGCCUCUCCCUCCUUGUUACUAAGAUUGUUCCCUUUGGGACCAGACUCCCAUUCCCCCAUCAAUCCUCACAGUCCAUCAUUUCCAGGGAAGCAACUGGGUUCACGGCCAAAAGGAGCUCUGAAUGGGGAGUCAUCCUCCAGAGGAAGAAAGAGGUCCUGGGGCUGGGGUGAACGUGUUCCAAGCCACACAGCAAAUUAGGUCAGCUGGCCCAGCCCCAGGGUAUUCUGAGGAUGAAGUGGCCGAGACUGUGCUGGUCCCUUACCUGCUUCCUCACUCUACUCAGAGGGCCUCAGUCGUCCUCCCUGUCCUGCCAGGACUCCGAGUACCAGACAGAGGCGGGCGAUUGUGCUGUGUGCCCCACAUGCCCACCGGGAGAGGAGCCCAAUCAGGAAUGUGGUUCUGGACUGGGACUGGGUACUGUGUGCCGUGCCUGCAGGCCAGGCACCUUUUCGACAAGCCUGGGACGAAGCCCCUGCAUACCCCACACUGGCUGUUUCCAUCUGUGGAGGGUCGAGGUCCAGGCGGGGACCACAACCAGCGAUGCUCAGUGUGGUGGCUGUUUUCCAGGGUUUUAUUACCCCAGAAGGCCCAUAACGUUUGUGUGCUGGCCUUGUUCUGAUGCACCUAUGGGCACACCUGACUGUGAGGGUGAGUGUGGGUCUCAUAUGGUGGGUAUUGGGGACAAGGUGCCUAAAAGAUGGGGAGAGUAAGUGAGGGAGAAAUGGAGGCAGAGCCAGAGAAGCAAAGGGUUAAAGAAAAGGAGAACCAGAGAGUGAAAUUAGGGAGAGAGAAACUGAGACACAGAGUUUAGUGUUUUAUAAAUGAUUGCUGAUUGAUUGAGGGUGAGAGAGAUGAAGACAGAAAGGUGGAGACAGGAAGAGAGUGAGACAAAAACCGGCAAAACCAAGGAGAGGGAAGAUGAGUGAGUGUGUGUGUGAGGUAGGGUUGUGUCUGUGUGUGUAUGUGAGAGAGAGAUACAGACAGACAGAGACAGAGACAGGGACAGAGAGAAAAGGAAAAAAAUGAAGAAAGCAAGAGACACUUAGAGAGGGAGGUACAGGGAAAGGCAAACAUGGAAAGAGUCAAAGACAUGGAGACAGAGACAGACAGAGAGGGACAUAGUUUGAGACAGCAAGAGAAAAAAAUGCAGUGAGAUAAGAUGGAAAGGGACAGAUUGAGGAGCGACGGAGACAGGGAAAGACAUAAAGAUGAAGAAAGGCUCGGGAAGGGAAGAGGGAUGGAUACAGGGGGAGACUGACAGCUGGAGGUACAGGACAGCCAGGCACGGAGAAGCAAACAAGAUGAGUAAGAUGAAGAAAGAUGGAGAGAGAUGGAAGAAGACAGAGGGGGUGAUGGAGAAAGAGAACAAAAUCCCAAAGUUGGCAGUACAGAAAGAUAAAGACAGAGACUGAAGGGGCAGAAGGACGAAGGGAGACAGACAGGGGAGAAAGAGAAAAGCGGAUGGAGAUGGGGGUGCUGGGGAGACUGAGACUGCAAAAGAGAUGAGUUAGAAGACAGAGCCCAUUGUCCUGAAGGGGCAGUCCCCUCCCCUUUUCCUUCUCUCUCUCCCAAGCGUUGAAGAGAGAGCACUACGCAGAGCUGAUGCUGACCCACUUUCAGCUCCUGAAUAUGCUGGCUCUCCCCACUAUCCUUGGGGGGCAGGAAUUAGAAGACAGCCAGGGCUGAGACAGCAGCUUUCUCUUCCACGACUGAGGCAUGUCCCUGGGGAAUGGGGGCAUAAAGGAGCUGGGUACAGAGAGGCAGCAUGGGGCUGUGGAAAGAACUCUGGGCUGAGCAGGAGACCUUGCUCUGCCACUAAUUGGCUGUGUGACUUUGGGCAAAUCUCUU